UCUGUCACCAAUUAAAACAUUGCACAUGUCAUAUCAGAGGCCUAGAUCAACAUGUGUUGUUUCUUCUCUACAGCAACUGUUAAAGCAACACAUCUUCGAGCGUCUGCGUUCACGCCUUACACAUGUCUUAGAACAAAGACCGCUGGACAUGGACUACCUAGAUUUCAUCUGCACCCAAGAAAUGGUUUUCAUCAGUGCCCUGUCCAGGCACAUUGAAAUGUCCCAGGAGGUAAUGAGUGUGUUGACAGAGCUUAGCAACUUGAUAGAGAUGCACCAACAAGAUCAUCAACAGCCGCCUAGAGUGGUACAGGUGGUAAAAGGUCCUUUUGCUGGCCGUCCAAAACUUAUUAUAUCAGAAGAGUUCCUCAUUCAUCUGAUUGACAUUGGUUUGCCAGUUCCAUGCAUUGCCAAGCUAGCGGGGGUGUCCUGUAGAACAGUGUGCAGAAGGAUGCAAGAAAACUCUAUUUCUGUCAGAGAACUGUACAGUACAUUGACGGAUGAAGCACUGGAUGAAAUGGUGUCAGAGAUUAAAUUAAGGAUGCCUCAUGCCGGUUACCGUAUCGUCAAAGGGACUUUGUUAGCAGAGGGACAUCGGGUGCAGUGGAACCGGGUGAGGGCAUCGAUGCACCGUGUGGAUACAAUGGGGGUGUUGUCUCGGAUGACGCAGUUGGGGUGUGUUGUAAGACGGACCUACUCUGUGCCCUGUCCCAGGUACCUGGUCCACAUCGACACAAACCACAAGCUUAUCCGGUACAACAUUGUCAUCUUUGGAGGGAUUGAUGGCUUUUCUCGAAAGAUAAUGUACCUGGGAGCUGCAUCAAAUAACCUGUCAGCCACCACUUUGGCCUUUUUCUCAGAAUCUGUGGAGCGCUUUGGAUUCCCACUCAGAGUAAGAGCAGACCACGGUGUAGAGAAUGUGGCAGUGGCACGCCUAAUGAUGUCUGUACGAGGGCCUGAGAACGGAUGCUUCAUUGCAGGCAAAAGUGUGCACAACCAAAGGAUUGAGAGGCUGUGGCGAGACGUGUGGAUGGCAGUGACCAAUGUGUUUUAUCACGCACUUCACACACUGGAAAAUGAAGGCUAUCUGGACCUCAGUAGCACCACACACAUUUUUGCAUGUCAUUAUGUGUUCUUGCCUCGUCUGCAAAACAAUCUGGACAACUUUCGUGAGGGAUGGGACAACCACCCAAUCCGGACUGAGCAAAACCUGACGCCAAACCAGCUGUGGGAUGUUGGCCAAAUGCAAAAUCCCAUUGCAGAUCCAGACAAUGCAGAGGAGUAUCUUGUUCCUGUUAUUGACUGGGAGGAGGACAUCAGCCGUCAAGACAAUGGACACACUGGGGUGACUGUUCCGACCGUACAAAGCCCUCUGAAUCCUGAACAGAUGGAGCAGCUUAGGUCAGCUAUUGACCCUAUGGGACCCUCAGAUUCCCUUGGCAUGGACAUUUACAUCACCACGGUGCAAUUUGUGGAAUCACUCAUUGAAAUGGUUGAUGGUUAAUGGGUGGUGGCUGAUCUGUUCUGUUUUUCUUUGUUUUACUCCCAUACACUCCACUCACACAUACACUGCAUACAUUCUGAUCUGACAGACACCUACAAUUGUAUAUUUUUCUUAAUUUACUUAUUAAAAUAUCUAGUAUUUUCA